AUGUCCCAACGCAGCCUGUCUCCAUUUGUGGAGCUCAGGUCGUCUGAUAAUAGAAGAGACUUACAGGAACGGGUUUCCAAGUUGGAAUAUGAAAACUCCACCCUUCGGACGGAAAAACGCUUGCUUGAGCAGAGUAACGACUCUCUGAAGAAACGGUACGAGGACCUUCUUGCCAGAAAGAACGAAGAGUUGGCGGCUCUCCAGAGCAAUUUCGACUAUGUGUUUAAUCAGCGGAAAGAGUUGCAGAGCAAGUUGCAGAACCAGAAGGAUAUUGCUGGCAAGACUUCGUCAGACACAGUUGCAGAGUCUUCGGCAUUGAAGAAGGAGAAUAGGUCGUUGAAACAGCAGCUCGACCGCCUUGAAAGGCUGUAUAAUAGUGUUUCUGCAAAGUGUGAGCACCUAAGAGCAGACCUCAAUCGAGAGCUUUCCGCCAACGAUCAGUAUAGAGACCAGGUAAAGGUGCUUGAGAAGGAGAUUCAGCGUUUGUCUCAAUUGAAUGAUGAUAUUUUAGAAAGACUUAAGCUCGCAAAGAGCCAGUCUGAGAAUGGAUCUGCUAUUAAGACCGCAGAGGACCUACGAUUGAGGUAUACGGCUCUUCAGCUGACCAAUAGCCAGCUCCAGUCCAAGGUCGACCAACUACUUCAGCAUAAAACGAGCGUUGAGCUUUUGAAACAAAAAUGUGCGUCAUUGUCGAAGAAGGCCGAACAAUUGGAGAGUGCUGAACGUAAAGCAGCUCAGCUGGAGAUCGGACGUCUUGAAAUCAAGGCGAAGUUUGAUGAAUAUUUUGGUUUUCUUGCCCAAAAUGUCGAGGGAGCAGAUAGCGAGGAUCAAGAAAGUCAGGAUUCUAAAGUUUCAACCCUUCUACAGGACUACAGAGCCCUUCAGAACAAAAACUUGGUACUUUACGAUAAACUUAAUCAGGCCCAAGUAUCUAUCACCGAACUUACCCAAUCGGGAGAACAGCUUAUAGCCAAACUAGAGCAAGAGCUCGAACCUGAAAACCAAAGAUUAAAAAUCGAGCUUCAAAAAUCCCAGAACGACCUCAAAGAGCUUCAAAAGACCAAGGUUCUUAAUACUCGAGAGAUUGAGUUCCUCAGAAAGUCUGUCAAGGAGCUUGAUGCGGCAUUGUUACGCAAGCAGCAAGGAGAUGCCGCUUUGUCUGGCUCAGGCGAUCAAGACUCUUCCAAGAGCAAGGCAACGAACCAAUACUUGUCUAGCUUGGAAAAGUUGGUUGACGACUACAAGCAUGAAAUCGAGAACUUACGUCAACAGAAGAACGGCACCACUGCCUUGCCUUUGGCUCCGACGAAAAGACCAAGAAUACUUGAGGAUGAUACCCAUGUCUUCAACACCAAGACUCUCCGAAAUGAAAACAUUGAACUUUUGUCUAAGAUCAAAGGUCUCCGAGAUGAGGUCGCCAUUCUCAAGAAUAAGCUAGACGCUUACGAUAAUGCUACACAGCACACAACACAUAUUCUAGAACUCAGAAGGAAUCCAUUCAACAAGGAUCAGCUCGUGAAGCAGGAGACUCUUGACCUUCUUCGCCAGGAAAACGAAGCUUUGAUUACCAAGUAUGUGAACAACAAUGAUGUUUCAACCGUCCCCAGAGCCAUCUUUGCCAGACAAGAGAAUGACAAGGAGAAUCUUCAAACCAAGAUUGAUCAACUCAAUAAGAAGAUCAGUCGAUUAACUAGCGUCUACGCCGACAAGAGUAAAAAGAUCAUGUCAUUGGUUUCCAAGUUCUUUGGUUAUUCGAUUGAAUUUGUCCCCAGUCCAAUGAAUCCUAAUGACUUGUGCUCGAAAAUGAAGCUCUUCUCGAAAUUCCAUUCGAGGAAUGGAAAAGAAUCCGAGGCCUGCUAUUUGACGUUGGACGUUCAUACGAAGGACCUUAAGGCACAUGGAACAUAUGAUUUCAGAAACCUUUGUUCCGAAUUAGUCACCCAAUGGGUCAACGAAAAGGAUCUGAUACCGUGCUUCUUAAGUGCCUUGAAUCUUCGGCUCUACCAAAACAAAAGUGUUACUGCUCAAUGA